CCACUGUUCGACAACCCUGGUUUCGUUGUAUGUGGUUGGUGACCCCCCCCCCCCCCCCCCCCACACACACACACAAGUUCCGCUAGAUGGCGGUACGGCACUUGUCAAGUUGGGUGCCCGCCGCCGAGCGUUUCAAAAAAAGACGACGAAGAAGAACACCCACCUCGGCUAACUUGCUAAAAAAAAGUAAACAAGUCUGACUGGGGAAUGACACAAAGUUCCAACGUAGCAUUUAAAACAUGAAGGAAGACAAGGAAAACACUCGUCCCAGGGAGAAAAGGGUGGAAAUAAUGUGCGAUGAUGCGGAAAGGGCGGAGAAGUUGAAGGAAAAGAAGGAGGCCAUGACAAAGAUUGUGAUCAGAAGAUUGCCACCAAGCCUAACUAAAGAGGAGCUGGAGGAGCAGCUCCAGCCACUCCCAGAAGUGGACUACCUGGAGUUCUUCUCCAAUGACACCAGCCUUUACCCUCACCUCUUUGCAAGGGCGUACAUCAACUUCAAGAACCAGGAAGAUAUUGUUCUGUUCAGGGAUCGAUUUGAUGGCUAUGUGUUCAUUGACAAUAGAGGACAGGAGUACCCAGCUAUUGUGGAGUUUGCACCUUUUCAAAAGACGUCCAAAAAGAAAAGCAAGAAAAAGGAUGCGAAGUGUGGAACAAUAACUGAAGAUCCGGAUUACAAAAAAUUCCUGGAUUAUUAUAACCGAGAUGAUGAGAAAUUGACCUCCACGCCUGAGACGCUGCUAGAAGAGAUUGAAGCCAGAUCAAAGGAAUUAGUAUCUAAAAAGACAACACCUCUGUUGGACUUCCUGAAGAAUAAACAGAGAAUCAGGGAGGAAAAGAAAGAGGAGAGGAGGAGGAGGGAGCUUGAACGCAAGCGCCUUCGUGAUGAGGAGCGUCGCAAGUGGAGGGAGGAGCGCAAACGCAAAGGUGCCGACAAGAUGAAGAAACUGGACAAGCUGCCAGAGGGUGACAAGGACCACGUCAAAGAGGAGCCAAAAAUCAAACUGCUGAAGAAGCCCGACAGGGGAGAGGAGGCUGACACUGACAAAGCUAAGGAGAAGUUUAAAAAAGUAGAUCGGACGAUCAAAGAAGACAGAACCACGGGCGGUGGAGAUCAGAGGAGACGCCAGAAUGAGAACAGGGAGGAGCGAGGAAAGAAAGCAGACGAGGAGGGCCGCAAGGAGUUCCGGGAGCGCGACGGCGACCGCGAGCUAGACAAGGAGCGGCGCCAGAAGGAGAAGGAACGCAUGAGGCGGCAGGACGAGGAGCGACGCCGCAGGAGGGAGAAGCAAGAUGGGGAGAACGCCAGCAGGAGACAGACGGAGGAGGAGGGGGUCAAAAAGGAGCGACAGCGUCCCCCUGACAAGAAACGGGGCGACAACGUGGCCGAGUCUGCUCAUGCUGAGAAGAUGGAGAGACCUCCUCGAGAAAACAAGAAAGACGACAGCGGCAAAAGAGAGAGGCUUCGGAAUAAAGAUCGUCCUGCUAUCCAGUUGUACCAGCCUGGAGCCAGAAGCCGCAAUCGACCAGCCGGAGGGGGGGGAGGGGGCGACUCCAUCUCUGCGGACAGGAAGCCAGAUGCAGAGACGAAGAAAGCAUCUGACAAAGGCGAGGACUGAGCAAGAAAAUCUACAGUAUUUGGAGCGUCUUUAAGAGUGAGGAGAGCGAUGCUCAGCUCAGCGUGUCGCCUCAGGGCUGCGUGAGCUGAUGAUGGCUUCUUGCUAGCUCUCCAUGUUUGAGGCCCUGAUAUGAUCUAGUGGAGCCUGGCAUUGCUUCAAACUGACCCUCUUUAGUUUGAUUUUGUUAGGAAAGACAACGUUUGGUUUGUAGGGCACUUAAAGUAAAGCCAAAGCUUUGUUAGGACAUAAACUCCAAAGUGACCUUAUGAUUUCAAUAUUGUUGCGGAUAUUCCAUUUUCAUUGGAUGAUAGGCGGUAAUCAACUUGCAUGGACAAGCUUCUUGCAUCUUUUCAGUUUCAUAUGCACGGACCAUACUGACUAUUCCUGAAUGCACAUAAAUUGCCUUUCUAACUGCAUGCACACCUCAGAUUUCACCUGCAGCCUUCCCUCUGUUCUGUCAGCAUCAGCCAGUGAUGCACCAAGCUGAAUAUGAGAACAUGUCACUUCUCCUGAUGGCAACAAGAACAUAAAGAUAUA